CAUUUUCCUCUCUAAGCUUCAAAAAAAAAAAAUUCUCUGUAAAACAUGUUGUGAUCUUCAAACCUCAAUUUUGCACAAAAACACUAAUUCGUUUGUUUAAAACUUUAAUUAAUAUGGCGUUUUCUGAUAACUUGAUGGCGAUGGAGCAGCAAUGGGGUUUUCGUUCUAUGUUGAACGAGACGUGCUUCUCCGAUAUCUUUGCUAAGGAGACCGAGACGUUGACGAAGGUACUGAUGCAGAAUCCAGUUGGAGAAGUCGGGUCGACAUUUAAAGUUUCGAGUUCGGCAUCAGACCCGACAGUUUCGGGCGGGUCGGAUCACUCCGCUGCUUCAUCGAUGAAGCAGCAGAGUGGUGGUACUGGUACUGGAGGAGGAGUGAUGAGCAAGAAGAUUGUUAAGAAGCGCAAGCCACGCGCUUCAAAGCGCGCGUCGACUACGUACAUAACUGCUGACGUGGACAGUUUCCGUCAGAUGGUACAGCAGGUGACUGGUAUUGGACAGUUGCCGGUUAAUUCUUCUAUUGUUAAACCGGAGGCAAGAAGACCGGUGGACCGGGUUCAACCGGUUAGCUUUUUGCCUACUUUGGACACGUCAGCUCUUUUGCUGGACCCCAAUUCGGGGUUCAUGCAUCCACCGCUGCCGCCACCGGCGGUGGGUGGCGCCGCCGUGCAUCAGCCGUCUGCGGUGGUUGUUGAUGGUGGCUUUGGUUUUGACUCUUUUUGUGGCUUUCCUACCCUUGAAUCAGGAAUGUAAUACUAAUAGUAUAAAACUAAUGUUGUUGUUGUAGUAAUUAAUUUGGACUAGUAGGGACUUUGUUGUAAUUUCACUUUUGUAGUUAGGGGAAGGGUAAAAUGGGAAAGUUAGAUCUGUUCAUAGUUGAUGUAGCUUGGGGGGGGGUUAAACUGUUUCUGAUGUUGAAAUGAAUCAUUAGAAGAUGAUAUUUUGUUUACAAAAAAUUGGUUUAAUUUUUAGUUUAAGAAAGUGGAAAAUGUGUAUUUUGGUUGGUUUAUUAUUUAUGAAUUCUAUGAAGUUUCUUUA